CAGCGAGGCUCUCAUACGCAUGCGCGGUGGUUGUAGUGUCAUCAUCACCAUCCCAGACCCAGAAGUUGUCCAGUCUGCUGUGGUACCCUGAGCUGCUGCUGGAUCUACGUGUAGGAGCCAUUACCAAGAGCAAGGACACCCCGGACGAGUCUCACACACGCAGAACCGAACCUGAACCGGACGGAGCCGAACCAGGACAGAACCUCGGUGCUGCUCCAGCUUUCUUCCCAGCUCUCCUCCAGGAACUUUGUCUCCUCCUCCUCCUACUUCUACUUCAUCUUCGUCUUCGUCCUCCCUGUGAGCAGACAUGCCUCCAGCGGUAGGUGGGCCUGUGGGGUACACUCCUCCUGAAGGUGGUUGGGGCUGGGCGGUGGUGGUAGGAGCCUUCAUCUCCAUCGGCUUCUCCUACGCCUUCCCCAAAUCCAUCACAGUCUUCUUCAAGGAGAUCGAGGUCAUCUUCAAUGCUACGCCCAGCCAGGUCUCCUGGAUCUCCUCCAUCAUGCUGGCUGUCAUGUAUGCUGGAGGUCCGAUCAGCAGCAUCCUGGUGAACAAAUUCGGGAGCCGACCUAUCAUCAUGGUCGGGGGUGUUCUGGCGGGGACAGGACUGGUCUCCGCCUCUUUCUGCAACACCGUGGAGCAGCUCUACUUCUGCAUCGGAGUGGUUGGAGGUUUGGGACUAGCGUUCAACCUGAACCCCGCCCUCACUAUGAUCGGUAAAUACUUCUACAUUCGUCGGCCCAUCGCCAACGGCAUCGCCAUGGCAGGCAGCCCCGUGUUUCUCUCCACGCUGGCUCCUCUGAACUCCUGGCUGUACGACGAGUUCGGCUGGAGAGGCAGCUUCCUCAUCCUCGGAGGACUUCUGCUCAACUGCUGCGUGGCCGGCUCCCUCAUGAGGCCCCUCGGACCCACACCCCAACCGGCCAAGUCUGACACGGAGGCAGGCGAGGUGAAGGAGGUGAAGGAGGCGGUGCAGCCUCAGCAGAAGAAGACGGUCCUGCAGACCAUCAACUCCUUCAUCGACCUGACGCUGUUCAAACACCGCGGCUUCCUGCUGUACCUGAGCGGAAACGUCAUCAUGUUCUUCGGCCUCUUCGCUCCUCUCGUCUUCCUCUCUAACUACGCUAAGAGCAUGGGCAUCAGCAAAGAGAAAGCGGCCUUCCUGCUCUCGAUUCUGGCCUUUGUUGACAUGUUCGCGCGGCCCUCCAUGGGGAUGCUGGCCAACACAAAGUGGGUCCGCCCCAGAGUGCAGUACUUCUUCGCGGCUGCUGUUCUCUAUAACGGCGUGUGCCAUGUUCUGGCGCCGCUGUCGGUGGACUACACAGGGUUCGUGGUGUACGCCAUCUUCUUUGGUUUUGCCUUUGGAUGGCUGAGCGCGGUGCUGUUUGAGACGCUGAUGGACCUGGUGGGAGCUCAGAGGUUCUCCUCAGCCGUGGGUCUGGUCACUAUCGUGGAGUGUGGACCUGUGCUGCUGGGACCGCCGCUGACAGGAAGUUUCUAUACCUACUACAACAACUACAACUACACCUACAUCACCUCUGGCAUCAUCCUCAUCGUCGCCAGCGUGGUCCUCUUCAUCGGAAUGGGCAUAAACUACCGCCUGCUGGACCGAGAGAGGAAAGAGGAGGAGAGGAGAGAGAGGGACGAGCCCAAGGAGGAGCGCACUGCCAUGUUAGCUCCUCCCUCUCCUUCGAAAUCCGCCGAGGAGGCGGACGAGAAAAACGUACCGGCUGCUGUGACGCUGGCCGAAAUCUCCAAGAUGGACGAGGACACGGUGUAGGGAAUGAAACGAAGAGAACUUGAAGGACACACACACCUAACAGAAACACACACGAGAGCUGCAGUUACUCAGUACAAACACAUGCUGUCUUUAGAGGGAGAUAACAACCUCGUUCACAACCCUGAAGCCAUAGAAAUUACUCCCAUCUGUAAGAACUGAGACCUGCUGCUGUGACGUCAAGCUUCGCCGUCUCGAAGCUCGUCCAGCAGCCUUUUUUUUUUUUUUUCUCACCGCGUUGAGACCUCUGGUUUUGGGUUUUUGAUGUGCCUUUUGGUGAGUCCUCCAGGAGCACACACGCUAACGCCGCUAAUGUGAACACCAGAUGAAACGCACAACAAGACAGAAAGACUGUACGAGAAGAACAAUUCAACAUCCAGUCGACUAAUGAGGACUUUACUCUCAGGGUCUUGAGCUGCCGUUCAGGUUCACAGGAACACACAAACACACACUCAGUCAUAGGAUGCAGUUUUUGGUUACAGUAUUAGGAGAUACUGUAGAUUUCCCCUCAGUCGUCAUACUUUUAUUGCUUCACAGAUGAGAGGACACACUCAUGUUACUGUCAUGGCGGUAACUGGCGGUCUGUUCACAUGCUCGUUUUAGAGGCUGGAGACAUUAACAGGAAGUAGGGCUGCCCCCGAAUUAAAGAGUCAUUAAAGAGCACGGUUAAUUCUU